AUGCAGCUCAUUUCCCAACAUCUCUUCUACUGGAAGAACCCUAAAGAACAAAAAGCCAUCCUCAUCAUUGUUCUCAUGGCUCCUGUUUACGCUAUCACUUCCUUUUUGGGCUUGCUUGAUGCUAAAGGAAGCAAAACCCUUUUCAUAUUCCUAAACACCGUUAAAGAUUGCUAUGAGGCACUUGUCAUUGCUAAGUUCUUGGCGUUGAUGUGUAGCUACGUAAACAUUUCCAUGAGUGGAAUGAUUAUCCCUGAUGAGAUUAAAGGGAGAGAGAUUCACCAUUCGUUUCCAGUGACUCUAUUUGUUCCCAGGACUACACAUUUAGAUCACCGUACACUGACACAGCUCAAGCAUUGGACGUGGCAGUUUUGUAUUAUCCGCCCUGUGUGUUCCUUCUUGAUGGUAUCACUGCAGCUUCUCGGGAUUUAUCCACCGUGGUUGAGCUGGAUCUUCACUGUUACUCUAAACCUUUCGGUAUAUUUGGCUUUGUAUUCUUUGGUGAAGUUUUACCAUGUUUUUGCCAAAGAGUUGGAUCCUCAUAAGCCGCUUACAAAGUUCAUGUGCGUCCAAGGGAUAGUCUUCUUCUGCUUUUGGCAGGUAUGUAUACAUAGUUUCUAA